AGCGCCGCAGCUGCCGCCGCCGCCGCCACGGCCCCCGCCGCACGCACGUGGCAUGCCUGGAUGUCCCUCCUCUGGUUGCGGCAUGGCUGGCCAAAGGCUCCUCUUCCUUACUGCCUUUGCCCUGGAACUCCUGGGAAGGGCUGGGAGUUCCCAACCAGCCCUCCGGAGCCUGGAGGCUGCAGCAGCCUGUCGUCUGGACAACAAGGACAAUGAGUCCUGGGGAGCCCUACUGAGUGGGGAGAGGCUGGACACCUGGAUCUGCUCCCUCCUGGGCUCCUUCAUAGUGGGGCUCAGUGGGGUCUUCCCCCUGCUGGUCAUUCCCCUGGAGAUGGGGACCAUGCUGCGUUCAGAAGCCGGGGCCCGUCGCCUGAAGCAGCUGCUCAGCUUUGCCUUGGGUGGACUCUUGGGCAAUGUGUUUCUGCACCUGCUGCCGGAGGCAUGGGCCUACACGUGUAGCAUCAGCCCUGGUGGUGAGGGGCAGAGCCUGCAGCAGCAGCAGCAACUGGGGCUGUGGGUCAUUGCUGGCUUCCUGACCUUCCUGGCACUGGAGAAGUUGUUUCUGAGUAGCGAGGAGGAUGGGACCAGCCAGGCCCCCAGAAAAGACCCCACUGCUGCCGCGCUCAAUGGAGGCCACUGUCUGGCCCAGCCGGCUGCAGAGCCCGGCCUGAGAGCCGUGGUCCGGAAUCUCAAAGUCAGUGGCUAUCUCAAUCUGCUGGCCAACACCAUAGACAACUUCACGCAUGGGCUGGCCGUGGCCGCCAGUUUCCUUGUGAGCAAGAAGAUUGGUCUGCUGACAACCAUGGCCAUCCUCCUGCAUGAGAUCCCCCAUGAGGUGGGUGACUUUGCCAUCCUGCUCCGGGCUGGCUUUGACCGAUGGAGUGCAGCCAAGCUGCAGCUCUCGACGGCACUGGGGGGCCUGCUGGGUGCCUGCUUCGCCAUCUGUACACAGUCCCCCAAGGGAUGGGACGUCCUCCUCCCAUGCAGAAGAAACUGUGGCCUGGAUGUUGCCCUUCACCUCUGGGGGCUUUCUCUAUAUUGCCCUGGUGAACGUGCUGCCGGACCUCUUGGAGGAAAAUGACCCAUGGCACUCCUUGCAGCAGCUGCUGCUGCUCGGCUCCGGCAUCGUCCUGAUGGCGCUGCUCUCCCUCUGCACUGAGUGACUGGUGCUGACACGAUGCCCCGCCCUGACAGCAACAUGACUCGGAUUUGCUCUGUGACCAUGUGUGUGAGGCCGAAGACGAGUGCUAUGCGAACCAGCCUUGCAUCAGAUGCAUAGGGUGUGUGGUACACAGAGGUCUAAGACUGACACUGUGGUCCCUGUGCACAGCGUGCGCCCCACUCCUGCUGCAGUCCCCUCUCCCUGCCACUCACUUGUCAUCCUGUACCUGUCAGGAUGACAGUAGCACUGGUCACAACAGAGGCCUCACCCCACCAGGGCUCCAGGGAACCUCCCCCAAAAUGCCCCUCCUUCUGAGGUUUUCUAGGCCUCUGGCUUGAGGGAGCAAAGCCUAGGGGCAGAGGCUGGGCAUCUUUUGUCUGCUGUGUACCUUUUCCUGGCCCUUCCUCCACCUGUAUAGCCAAAGAAAGGAGAUGUGGGUGCUUGCAUAGCCCUGGCCCCACUCAGCACUGAAGCCCUACCCUUCCGCACUGAGCAGGUGCUCCGGGACUUCUUUCUCAGGGCUGCCUGCCUGACCAGCUAUUCCCCUAGUGAAUGCUCCCUGGCAGCACCAGCAGUUCUUGUCACCUCCAGCUGCCAAACAGCAGCCCACAGGGCAGUAGGCAAUGGGCAGCCCCAGGAAAGAGGCCUCCCGGUCCAGCUCAGGGAUGCUCCUCCUGCACAGGGUCCACAGACAUGCCCAGGACAGGCAGCAAGCCAUGCUGCCCUUCCCUGUGCAGGCCCCUUGUCCUUUGAAUUGGGGAUGAGGGAUGUGACGAAGGUUCCACAUUGUCAGCACUCAGGAAUGUGAACUGGGAGAAUGCUGAAGCCAUAAUCCCCAGCAAUUUCCCUUGGCUGACGCCCAGGCACUCAGCUGGCCCACUCCACAGCCAGGCUCCAGCCCUGCUGCUUGACCAACCGUGGGUGUUAAAGAGAAGAGGCCAUCAGGCCUGAAUGGUUCCACAGAUGUGGUUCAUGUUUAUCUGUAAAUAUCUGUCCUAUAGAUAUGAAUAAACACUAUCCAGACUGGC